AAAUACAUGUCGCAUAUUUUAUGUAAUGAGCAUAAGGGUAGUGUUUUUCGGAAUACAGAAUUAGGGUUUGAAACAAGAACCAAUUGAAGACAGCUUCUUUUCAAUUGCAGCUUGAUUCUAGAGAAGGAUUGAAAUUCAUGGGAUUUCAUGAACUGGGCUGAAUCUGUGGAAGAUGAAGAUAAAGGUGAUAACCACGAGACUUCCUAACUCAACAGGUACUCCUUCAUUCAUUUUUACCUUUCUGCACAAAAAAGAUGGAUUUCAUUCCGCUGCUGGUAAUGCUACUAGUACAGAUAGAUUUAAACAAACCCAUUCGGAAUCGGACAAUUUGAUUCAAACUCGAUGCAAAUCUGGAAAAAUUAGGAAAGAUGAAGCAUUGGGGUACUUCGAUUCCAUGAUUCAAACCAAACCCUUGCCCUCUAUUUGGACUUUCAAUUGUUUGUUUGGGGCACUCUCCAAGAUGAAGGAAUAUUCUGCUGUGGUUUCUAUGCGUAAACAGUUGAUGGGUUGCGCUCAAUUCCGACCUGAUGUCAGUACGAUGACUAUUUUUCUGAAUUGCGUGUGCCGUCUGAACCGGAUGGACUUGGGUUUCUCUGUUUUAGCAAUCACCCUUAAAUACGGUCUUCAACCCAACGCUCAUUCUAUAAAUACUUUGCUCCAUGGACUUUGCAAGAUAGUCUCGGGCCGAGGCAUUGGAGUUCUUCCAGGAAAUCGAAGAGAAGGGAUACACGUGCGAUGAAAUCACUUAUGCGACCAUGAUCAAUCGGCUAUGCAAGGCUGGGAAAACUUCUAAGGCACUCGAGAUACUUACGAAUAUGUUGGAAGAUGGAAGGUUCAAGCCCAAACAAGACUGCUACAAUCCCAUCAUAGAUAGCCUCUGUAAAGAAAGACGAAUAGAUGAGGCCUUGACCCUAUUUAGAGAUAUGAUCUACAAAAGUGUUGUACCGGGUAUUAUCACUUAUAACACUUUGAUUCAUGGGUUAUGCAACAUGAAUUGCUGGGAAGAAGUGUUCUCUCUUUUUGAAGCAAUGGAAGAUCAAGGAGUCAGGCCAGAUGUUCUCACCUACUCCGCUCUAAUUUAUGCAUUGUGCCAAUCGGGGAGGUUGGAAAAAGCCAAGAGCUUCUUGAUUUGUAUGCUUGACAGUGGAAUUUCACCCAGUGUAUACACAUAUACUGUUCUUAUCAGCGGUAUUUGCAAGGAAGAAAGAAUUCAAGAAGCGCUUACUCUGUUUGAAAAGAUGACAAUGAGAGGCAUAAAACCUGAUCUUGUCACUUUUAAUUGCUUGAUUUCUGCUUCAUGCAAGUCUGGUAACUGGGAGGAAGGUGUGAGUUUAUUUAAAACCAUGAUUGGUUAUGGAGCCUUGCCUAAUAUUGUUACAUAUAAUUCUGUACUGGAUGCUUUAUGCAAGGAAGGGAAGACAGCAGAGGCACUGAAUCUUGUGGAAGAAAUGAUCCGUAGAGAGGAAAGGCCUGAUGUUGUGACUUACAGCUCCUUAAUUAAUGGAUUGUGCUGGACCAGCCACUGGAGAGAAGCUACAAGGGUGUUUAAUAGAAUGCUGGAUGAAGGUAUUGCCCUAAAUGUUAUCACUUACAACAGUUUAACCAAUGGCAUGUGCCGUACAGCUCAAUGGGAAGAGGCCACAAGGUUGUUUGAUGAUAUGAUAGGCCGGGGACUCUUGCCUGAUACCGUUACUUUGGGUAUGAAACUCAGCACAAUAACUUGCAGUAUGCUGGUUAGUGAAUAUUGUUUGCAGGGCAGAAUGGAAAAGGCGAAGGUGGUCUUGAACUUAAUGGUGAUUAUGGGUUAUGCGCCUGAUAUUGCUUCCCAUAAAACCUUGGUCAACAGAAUCGGUGAAGCUUUGAGGCUUGUUAAAGAAAUUAUCCAGAUAGGAUUGAUGCCUGAUCUGGAAAUGUAACAAACUUUGAGGCGUUUGCGUCUGAAAAGCCAUAUUGGAUUAGCAGGGUAAUGCUCAAAUUGUCCAACAUAUAUAUAGCACAACCAGCAAGAUGGAAAUCUGCGGAAAUAUUUCGGUUGACUCAUCCUGUGGAAACAUUUCUGUGGCAUUUUAAAUGCUUAGCAAGAUGGAAUUCUAUUCCAUUAACUGAAGGCGGUAUAACAGGAUCUUGUUUUGUAGAUACCAUAUGCUCCAAAUAGCAUUAAAGCAUUGGGGUUCUGCCUAUAUACAAUUAUGCAAUUCCACUA